AUGCAGAAGCUCAAGAAUACGUGUGAAGCAUUAGAAGAACAGCUGGAUAAAGUACAAGUAGCGCUCGAAGAAGAACGCGAAGAAAAGUGCACAAUUUUGAAGAACCGACAAACAAAUCGAUUGUUGAUGGAGCUCCGAGAAGAGCGUGUGCAGAGAUUACAGGAUCUGGAAGAGAUCUAUGCAAAAGACAAGAGGCUGGAGGCUAUGACGACCGAAAUGUCUGCCGCUACACGAGGUAUCAUCCAGGUGAACGUAGAAAUCGCUCACAAAGAUGCGGAGCUGGUUGGUCUACGUGCCACAGCGAAAUGUAGUGCCAAGCUGCUACAGAAAGCUGAGCAAGACUUUCUCAUCACUCAUCAGGAUCUUGAAAGCACGCAGCUCAAGUUGCUGGACUGCAAACGUAAGUUAUCUGUCAAAGAUCGCGAGGUCCGCAUGUGGAUCGAGAGAUACGAACAAGUCAUGAUGGAUCUCCACGCUUCGCAAUUCCGCCUUACGCAAUUGGCACGAGACGCAAGCUCCAAGGAAGCAGCACUAACGCGAGGGCUCGCAAUAGACAUCGACAAUCCCGCGAAUGGACUUGCAAGUCUCCGUCCUCGUCCAGUGCCUUUGAUGAAGCCUGUUGGGCUACAUGAUCGCGCUCCAGCAUUUCAAAUAUGCAGCCAGCCUCUCGCUUGA